GCACGGGCCAAUCGCAGCCGGUGGAUGGCGCGAGCGUCAGUGCGUGCUGCCCGUCUGGCUGUUGCGUGAAGCCGCUGGCCGUUGGGGUGGACACUGGGAAACUACAAGGCGGCGCGACUUCCGUCAGAGGGGCGCUUUAUUCCACCUACCAGACCUUUAUUGACUUAAACGUCACCUCCUGCUGCUUUUAGAGGGCGAAGAGCCGCAAGUCUGUUAGGGAGUUGAGCUCUUGGUGUUGUCAAAGGGAGGGAGCUGUCUCAACCUGCCACCAUUUUGUGCCGGCUACCGAGGAUUGUGGGAGCGAGGCGUCAAUCCGGCCGCCGCCGCGGGGUGGCGCUUGCGGGCCGAUUUCUGGCGACGGGAAGCAUUGGGCAACGAGUCAAAAACUCCGGCUUCAUUCGGCUGGGUUGUGUAGGGGGACACAGAAAGAAUCACAAACGCCUCUGCCCCUCCGGAGAAACAAGAUUGUCUAUCGGAGGGCUCGGGAGAGGCACCUUUCAACAUGAACAACGUCCAACCCAUUUUAUUACAGAGUACAGACACUUCGGGCAAUAGUCAGUGCACUUCGGGAUGCAUCUAUAAGAUUGUGCAGAGCACAGCUCUGGAUGGAAAGAACAUCCUGAAGCUAAUUCCAGUCUCCAAUAGCGCAAUACGUUAUAUUCCAACAGUUCCUCUCCCAAUUGCCACCGGCAGCGCCUCUACUAAAUUGAACAUGUUCUCUGUUGCAACAACAAACUGCAAUGUCCAGACAUGUCUUUCAAUACUGCCGCCUACCAGUGGGGGUGGUUUACUGAUAACGUCAGUUGACGCGCCUGUUGGCAUCAGUAACGUCCCUCCAGUCAACUGUUCACCAGCAAAGAUACCUACAGCAGCAAAUGUUGCCCCUUUGCAAUGUCCUCUGACAACAGUCACUUUCUCCGGGAAGCCAGUGCAGACCCUGCCAACUGCUACCCCAUAUCCAGACAAAGAGUUACGCAGUAUAAAAACAGCUACGGUGAAAAGUCUGGCCAUACAGAAAUCCCAGCCUCCUUCUGCUUUGCCAUUGGAACAACCAAUCUAUAAAGAUGCUUUGUCAAGUCCAUCAGUGAAAAAUGCUCAGGCUUCUGUCACUUUGGCUCAAGAUAAAAUGAGUUGUAAAGUAACAACAGUUAGUGUGCAGGCUGCAGCUCCAACCCAAGCAUCACUAACAUUACCCAAGGACGUACAGAGUGAUAAGCAUUCUUGUCCUUUGGCGCAGAAAUGUCAAGCAUCUCCUUUAUCACCGGACCACAAGACAUACAUGUUUUUAAAAUCUCCAAUACUGCCUUCUGGCCAUCACCUUCUGAUCCCCGCACAUGCAGAAGUCAAGUCUAUUCCAGCAUCUCUACUGCCUCUUGCUAUCCAGCAGAAGAUUUUGCCUACUGCAGCCUCCAACCGUGUUGGUGGGCAACAAUCCUCAAAUUCAUCUCCUAUUGUCAUUUAUGUUUGCCCAGUCCGUACUGUGAAGACGAUUCAGAAGCAUCCUCCAAGCAAUCGUCCCAAAAACAUUGUUGAGGUCCCCACGGUUGUCAUUAACAGGGCUGGUCCUGGGCCCAGCAUAGCAUUGCCCAGUGGUAGUGCAGCAACCUUUAAUGCUGGGCAGCUGGCUUCUCUGAAAUCGGCUAUGCAGAACAAGCAACAGUUCCUACCACGCUGCCUUAUUCCAGUUAAAUCUUCCAAUAAUUUAGCCUCGAAGAUCCUGAAGAACCUGGCUGAUCACAAAUAUGUGGAAGAAAAGUUGUUAGACUUAAUUACACCAGUGGGAGUUUCGCACAAAGAUACCCAGGAAGACUUAUUUUCUCCAGCGAAGGAGAAUGCGCUGGUUAUGUACAACAGCAAAGUCUACCUUGUUAUUCAGAAGGGCAACGACUCUUCCAGUCCAGAUCCUGAGACUCUUUCAGCUUCAGAAAGUCCUGGAGUAAAGGAAAGCACCUUGUCUCCAAACUUGCCACAGACCAAUUCACAGGUUAAAAUCAAGGAAGAGCCAGAGGACCCUGGCUUCAAACCAGUCCAGCUGGAAGGGAAGCAGCUUGAAGGCUCAUCCACAAAAGUUUGCAAUGUCCAAAAUCCCAACAACGUGCACAAGACUCAGUGUGUGCCUGUCAAGUGCAAGUGCAUGGAGCCAGCUAGUACGACGGUUGAAGAGGAAAUGGAUAAGCAGUUACAGAAGAACGCAGGAAUUUGCUUGGAUCUCCGAGUCUGCCUCACCAGAAUCUCCCCUGAGGAGAUUGAACGAUGGGUGAGGACUGAUUCCCCUGCAACAUCUGAAUCCCUACAGUCAUCCAGAGAGCAGAGCAAGAAAGUCGAUGAUGCCACCAGCAGUGAAUCUCAAGUGAAUUUGAUGCUUCCGAUUAAGAAGGAGGAGCCUAUAGAGCCAACAUACUGUGCACAUCAUACAAGGGAGAUUGAGAUUAAACGUGAGCCUCAGUCACCAGUAAAAAGAAAAAUGGAAAAUGUUGAUAAUUCAACGGAAGUUAAGAAACAGUGUGUGAAAAGUUUGAGCUCAAAUUGGGAAUCAGAGCAUGCCUACAGCUCUCUUCCUAAGAACUGUACUGAAAUGCCUACUCCCAUUAAAGAUGAACCCUCCCAAACUGACUCUCACUGUGAACAAGAGGCACUUAUCAGCACAACUGAGCCCCACUCAGUACCAGAGAAGCCCUCAGAAGUGGAAUCCUCUCCCACUGCAACUGAUAAUGCCCGUGGCCUCCAUGUGGCUGCCUCCGUUGUUCCUGCACCCAGCAUCUCACCUCCUUCAGGACACUCCUGUGCAGCUGAGAUCAGCAGAGCAUACCCUUACACUCCUCUUCCGUUGAGUGUUGACGAAACCAUACGUGAUGAGAAAAUCAAGCGACUGAAAGAGAUACUGAAAGAGAAGGAGGCUGCGCUGGAAGCAAUACGGAAGAAAAUGAUCGAGGCUAAAUCGUCCGCGAAGAAUAAAAGAAAACGCGAGAAAAACCAGCGCUUAAUUGAGAAGCUGCGUGACGAGAAAGCGGAUCUAGACAGAAGAUCGGAGCUCACGUACAGUUGCCUCCCAGGGAGAAAUACCGAGGGAACGGCCUGCGGUAGUCCUCCCAGCAGUGAAAGAAUUUUGGCCGACUCACCGAGCAGCAACUCGGGGCCGCAUGUAACCGUACCUUCCAAUGAGACGACACGAUGCGCAGCGGCGGAUGAAGUGUCCGGCAUCUCGACUGUGACCAAGAGUCACUCCCCAACCAUCCCGCCACCUUCCAGGGUAAAUAAGACCAGCAGAGACGAGAAAAUCAGGCGGCUAAAAGAAAUUCUGAAGGAAAAGGAAGCCGCACUGGAGACCAUUAGAAAGAAGAAGCUGUCGGCCAGUUAAAAUAAGGGGUCGUUAUUUCGAAGCUUAAAAACUUAUUGUUCAAAGUACAUGAAUUUGAAAUGUUUGUCUUUCAAAGAUUAUUUAUACUAUACAGUUGAGCAUUUUAAAAUAUUUCGAAAUCGGGGUCAGAUUGUAGAAGAGCUAAGAAUUUAUAGCUAAACUAACAAUUCUAUUACAUCGUAUGCAGUGUAAAAGAGGAGUUUAAUUCAUGUUUUCUUAGUUGUGUUUAUAUGCAUUGUAUUUGAAGGUUGUAUAUUUUCACGGAAAAUCUGACAUUAGGAUUUGCGUACAUUUUUAAACAUUAAAUCCAAUUAAUU